AUGGCUAUCAAUGGCACAACAUCACCUUUAUUCAGAAGUACAAAAGGUUUAAAACAAGGAAAUCCUUUAUCUCCUUUCUUGUUUAUUCUUAUUGUGGUGGUGUUAUCCUUAAUGAUAAAGAGAGCUGCAGAUUUAAACUUACUUUUUGGUUUCAAACCAUCUAGUGAAGCUUUUGAGAUUAAUCACUUGCAAUUUGCAGAUGAUCUAAUUGUCUUCUUGGAUGAUAGUUGUAAGCAGGUGAAUAAUCUUAAGAAUGUGUUAUUGGGUUUUGAGCAUGUUUCUGGUUUAAGGGUUAACUUUCAGAAGAGUGCAUUGGUGUCAGUGGGUGAAGCAGUGAAUGCAAUGGAAGGUGCUGUCAUUUUUGGAUGUUCAAUUACUACCUUCCCUAUGAAGUAUUUGGAAAUACCUUUAGGAAGUAAGUCAAAGGCAGUGGGAGUAUGGGAUGUUAUUCUUCAAAAUUUUCAGAAGAAGUUGAUUUCAGUUGAGAAACAAAUGGAGAGGAUUAUGAGACAGUUUCUUUGGGGAUCUAUAAAGAAGAAGCCUAGAAGAGGAUGGGUUGGUUGGACAAAAGUUAAUUUGCCAAAGGAAGGUGGUGGUGCAGGACCAUGUGUAGCAAAAUAUGCAUAUCCAAGUGCAGAGUGGAGAUAUAUGCCUUUUCUGGAAAGAUGUUUGGUUGAAUGGAGUCUGAAGGAGUCAGAAAUUGAAGAUAUUGCACAUCUUUUGGACAUGUUGUCUACUUUCAACUGUGGAGUUGGCAAUGAUCACAGAGUUUGGCAGAAUGGGGAAAAAAGGUUUUCAGUUAAAGAGUGUUAUAAAUCUCUUGAGGAGGAUGGAUCGCUAAUUUUUCCAUACAAGUGUGUUUGGAACCCAAAAAUUCCACAAAAGGUAAUCUUCUUUGUUUGGUCACUUUGCUAUAAUGUUGCACCAACAAUGGACUAUUUGAGAAACUAUUUUAAUGUGAAUGGAUGCCUGUUGUUUACGAAGAGUGCAGAAACAAACAAUCAUUUGUUGUUGCAUUGUGAAAAAACAAGAGAGUUAUGGAACUACUUUAUGGAGGGUUAUGGUCUGCAGUGGGUGUUUCAGAAUGAUGUAAUUAGAAAUACUAUCUGGGAAUGGAGGAGGAAGAAGGGAAGAAAUAUAAAUUUGAGAAGCAAAUUUUGGGAUAUAAUUCCAUUUGCAAUUUGGUGGGCAGUAUGGUUAGAAUGA